GCAUCAGUGGUUACGGUCGUGCGGUGCGCGCAGCGCGGUGUUCAAGUGUUGAAGCCCCAGGUUUUAUCGCCGUUGGCACUGCGAGCCGCUUCGAGAAAGAGUGCGGAGCUGACAGCGAUUACACGUACCGCCGACCGAAACCUUUUCCAAGGCAGACGGUGAGAGUAAUGUACAGUACGCUACAAGGGCAACAUGAGAGACUCGGGAACAGAAAAAUACAGCACUGCGUCGCCCGUGCGACGACUCGACCCCCUGCAAAGCUGUAGACUGCAAUCAUGGAUGUUUUGCAGUGCCAACUUUGAACAUGUGCAAUGUGCAUACUCUGCAGGUGUCGCGUGUAUGUGUAGCAUGAGUUUCCUAUAAGAAACGUCCAAGCGGUUUAGUCAACAAGGUUAUCUCUUUCUUGUCCACACUACGUCGGCUUAUAUGUUAUUGUAGGACACUAAUAUACUCCCACCGCACUUUUUCGCCACUUUAUCUGGUUUCCUCCUUUUUUUUUCAAUAGGCAUGCGAGAAAGAUUUCCUCUUUCUGACUCAAUGGUUCGUUAUUAAGCCUGAGGCCCACUUCUGUAACAGCUUGUGUUGUUAGCUAUCAAACCUGGAAAUAUUUAACGGGAUGUGAACGACUGGAUCGGCUCUAAACAAACGCUGCCGCUUUUUUUCUGGCUUAGCUAUCGAAACUGUGAUCGUGAAGGCUCACACGAAAAAGUUGUUCGAGUCAAUGAUAAUGAAAAGUAACCUGACUGCAAUUUAAAAAAAACAUAAUGAUCACGUUAUAUAAUCACAGUUCAUGAGCAAUCGCUUAUUGCUUCUCUUAGUAUACACAGUGAUUGACGACGAUGUGCUGAGCGUAAUAUCAGUUUCGUGAAUGUUCGAAUGAAUAGAAGCACGAAUCUCGAGCAAGUCGGAAGUUUAAAACUUAUGUUUAUGAAUGCGUUGACUCUUUGAAGUCUUUCACAACGCUGGCGCUGGCGAUUCUUCCUGGUAAUUAAUUGCAGGGGAACAGUUUGAAUGCUUCAAUACAACAAUUCCUCAUCGAUAUAUGUGAAACAGCUGUGCAUAACGCUGGUCAGAAUAGCGGUACUGUUGGCGGGGCCUAACAUGGUCUUCUGUUGAAAAUCGAACGUUCUUGAAUACGUGCGUGAAAUAUGGCAUUAUGUACCGCUGGUGACUAAAGCUAGUUUGAAACUGCGAACAAAAUAUUAUAAAACUGCAAGGCUUCAUUGAACGUAAUAAAAAUUUAUCUUAGAGCAAAUGGCAAUGCUUGAUGGCGUUUGUUGGCCAAAUAGAUUGAUUCAGGCAUGGUAAACAUGUGCAAAUAUUACAAAAGUGUGCUUCUUUUUUCACAAUCAUUCAAAAAGGGCAACGUGCGCUGCGUCCAAAAUAGACAUAUCAGUCGAAGAAGAAAAGCUCAAGUUGUAAGCCCAUCGUGAUAAAAUUCGUCUGCAAGUGCCAGGCUCAGGGAAUUCAGUCCUCACUGUGUUCAACCCCGUGUGCUACUGUGAUUUCUGUUCGAUAUUGUGGUCAUCCUUGAUAUGCCUUUCCAGAACGCAAGAAAUGUGCUGUAACCGCCAGCGAACUUAAGUAAGCUUCGUUCAUGUGACUUCCUCGUGUGACAGUUGACAACGAGCGACGUGGCACCAGUCAUAAUUUUCGAGUAUGUCACCUCGUCCAGAGAACAGCCCACAAUUUGACGUACGUGAUUAAAUCGCAGUGUAUGCCCAUCGACGUUGAAGUGGAACCGAAACAACCAAAGUGAAUCGGAGCUACGACAUACCGCGUUGUGAACUAUCCCCACAGUGCUCCUUUCACGAACAUUGCGCGCAAUCCAGUUAACUAACACGAGCAUGAGUUACCCUUCUUACAAAAUGCAACAUUACUAACGCUUGCAGUGUUAGGCCAGUUGAAUCAAUGGGAUCUCGCGUUAGCUACGCCAAGAACUCAAGAUACCAGCUCAACUGCGCCGCAUUUUGUUGAAGAUCGCGAGACUCGGCGUAAAACGUGCGACCCGUUUCUGUCCUUCACGUGGUUGUUCGGCACGACAUGACCUCGACAUGACCUCAAGCCGGACUCAUGGCGGAGGCCAUUCAACUUCUCCUCCUGUCCCCGCUGUCGACGUUCUCCGUGCUGGUGUGGCUGGCAGCGCUGCUACUGCACGCGCUGUCGCCACGCCUCGAGCCCCGCGGUUCAAGACCGCGGCUCGUCGCUCGUGAGUCGGACUUCUCGCGGUUCCUGGCCACGGCUAUUCCCGCGCUGACGCAAGCCUACGCGCCGCCGCCUUGGGCACGGCACCCGACCAUCCAGUCACUGCUGGCGGCUACCGUGUUGCGGCGUUCCACGGAGGUGCCCUUUUUCAGGACACAUCUGCAACUCCGCGACCGUGGACUGGUGGCCCUGGACUGGGCAGGCAGCACGCCCUCGGCUCAGCCGGCCAACCCGGACGAGGUGCUGCUCAUCGUGCUCGUGCUUCCCGACUUGGGCCGAGACCCCUGCAGCGUGGGAGACACUUGCCGGGCCAUCCUGGCUCGGGGAAUGAGGGCCGUGGUGCUCACUCAACGGGGACACGCCGGAUGCCCGCUCACUACGCCAAGGCUGCAGGCGUAUGGCGACCCCGGAGACCUACGGCAAGUGGUGCGGUUCCUGCGCGCCCACUACGGUCGCUGCCGCGUUGCCGUGCUAGGCAUCGGAACGGGCGCUGACUUGCUGCUUGCCUAUCUGGGUGACACCGGCUCCUCGUCGGGUCUGCUGGCAGCCGUAGCCAUCUCACCGCUCUACGAGCCCGAGAAACUGCUCGAACAGUCACCCUGGCCGAUCGGCGUACUCCGCCGUCGGGCGCUGCAGCGCAUUGUGGCGGAGCACGGCGGGGUUCUCUGCCGGACCGGCUACUCGUCGAACUCGACGUCCGGGGCGGCGACGGCUGUGGACGUGGAAGGGGCCCUGUCGUCGACCAGCUGGCAGGACGUGGAACAGAAGGUGCUGUGGCCCGCGUGCGGCGCCAAUAGCGCCUCCCAGUACUGGGAGCGGAACGCGCCCUUGCGCGACGCCGACGACAUUGCCACGCCGCUGCUGUGCGUCUCCAGCGCGGAUGAUCCCGCGGUGCCAGAAUGGGCGCUGCCUAUGGACAUCUUCCAGAUCGACCCACAACUGCUGCUGCUGCUCACCGAGCACGGUGGCCACGGCGGUUUCGUGGCGGGCCUUGGCUCGUCCUCGCCAACGGCACCCCGGUCUUGGGCGGACGGUGUAGCACUGGACUUCAUCGCGGCCACCUUGGACUUCACAAGCCGUGACGGACGGCUACGCAAGUGCGCCACCCGAUGAACCCUGUCGGAAGUACUACGUGAUCGCCCCCCGCGUGCAUCCGAUCGACCUUGUGGCCAGGACAUUUCGCUUCACCGAACGGCUAUGAUACCGACGAUGAGUGCAGUGCAAGCGUUUCUGGACUCGGACGCGAAUUUCCAGGAAACUUCGUUUGAGAAUCUCAAGGAUUUCGGUGGCAGCCCCCUGUGGAACCCGGUGGUGAAGGCUAUUUGGAGGUUCAUGUGGAUGUCUUCACAAAGUGUCGCCUGUCAUUAAGUCCCAGAGCUUCAUUAAUUUCGUGAGACAGUUGUGAAGGCCCACAAUCUGUCGGUGCCCAUAACCGAGACACCGCAAUGUAUUGUACGAUAUUUUUUGGAGCUGACGCUGUCAGAAAGUGUAUUUCGAGCUAUGGUACAGUGACAAGGCUGGAGCAGUUAGCACCCGCAUUAACGCACCAGCACAGCUAUGAGACUUUCUUGUUGAAUCGUGCCGUCAUUAUUAUUAUUAUUCGAUAUGCACGCAUAUACACACAAGGACACCAAGGAAAUAGGGAGGGAGCAAGCUGACAACUCUCACCGAGAGGGGCAGAACACCUGCCUACUUUUUCAGGAGGGGAGAAUAGAGGAAAUGAAAAUAGAAGGAAAGCAACGGGAUCUAACGUUUCACGCAUUGGUGUUUCUCUCUGACACUUCUAUAGCCCCUCGAUCACAAUUUCGACGGUUCAUGUAGCUUUGUGCGUUUUAAUGGGACGCGCUUUAAGUUACGCGACGCAAGAAUUGCUAUUUUCUUCCACUACUUACUGUUUUGAUGUCAAAAACCUCGCCUGUCUCGUUAAUUUGAGCUCAUGUUUCUGAAUACUGCAAAAGAAUGUUAGCGCUCAAAAUAUAGAUAUAAGAGGAAAGCUAUACCUGCUUCUUUUGUCCUGUGCGCUUCAGUGACUUACGUUCUCGUGCUUAACGGAAUGAAGCACGCGGAUAAGCACUGUUGGAAAUAUAGGGGCAUGGUUCACCAGUAACGUAACAGCAAAUAGUUUUCGAUGCGUUCGAAUGAAAUCUCAACUAUUUUCUUGAUCGUACGAGAGUUCCGACAGGACCGAAUUAUGUAUGGCGCUUUUAGGUGGCGCGCGCGGUAGUAUUUUCCUUCUUCGCGAUGAAAUCUUACGCUUUGUUUAAAAUGUGAUCAAUGAAACAGUUGCUCACUUCAUCCUAGGGAGUUUGGAACUUUCUAGGACUUCUGUUUCAACUGCGUGUGAAUCUAAGUCAUUCCACUCCACUAUCGUUAGCGCAAAGAAAUAAUACUUAAACACAUAUUUCUUUCCGCUGAAAUGGAAAUACUGAAAGACUGUGUCGCCCUCUAGUAGCAUAAUCUGUUGAAAAUUGCGCAUACUUAGAUGUGGUAUUCUUGAAGUGCCCAUCAAUAAUUUUAAACAUAAAGCGUAAUCGUGCAAUUUUAUUCUUCUCCGAGUUGUGCUUUAAACCAGUUUUUGUCACCAAUCCCAAAAUCGUUACCCUGCCGUAGCGAUUAAAAAUAAAUAUCACCGUUUUAUUUUGAACUCAUUCUAACUUAUUACUAUUAACACUGAGUAAAGGGAUCCCUAACAAUAUUAGCGUAUUAAUUAAAGAAUGGGUGAGAUAAAGCCUUGUAUGCUGUAAACUUUGUUUCUCAUAAAGGAUUUCUAAGGGAACGUUUCAAGUAAUGUAGUUUAGCCAUUGCUAGGUUAGUGAUUUGGUUUAUGUGAUCGUUCCAUAUGUAAUGCUCGACGCGAGGUAAUGCAUUUCCUUCCAUUGCGUAUAGUCAAAUAAGUUGACUCGCGUUCUAUUUGUUACAGACAUGACAACUAUUUUCCUAAAGUUUACCGACAUUUGCCAUGUGUCGCACUACUUCUGAUGAUGAGCUGAUGAAGUUCACUGUUCAGUCGAAGCUGACCGUCAGUCGAGUUAAAGCAGAAUAUAAUACACAGUCGUCCGCAUAAAGUGCCAUUUUAACAUUGCCUCUGUGAGCAAUGUCAUUUAUGAGGUAUAGUAGGAACAACGGGCCCAACACGGAACCUUGAGUUACGCCUGACACAAUAGAAAGAAGAUAUGAAGAGGCUUGCUUAAAAAUUAUAUAUUGAUUCCUAGAUGUUCCUAGAGUACGACUGGAUCGAACUGCAAAUCAUCAUACUUUUAUUUUUUAGUACACGUAGCUUAAGAAGUAGUUUGGAGUACAACACCUUAUCAAACUGUUCGUCAAAACCGUCUUCCUAUAUCUUUGUGAAAAAAAAAACAGUCGAAUGACGCUGUCAUCUGUGUAGAUAACAAGAAACAACAACGAAAACAAUCAAACGACGUGGUCUGGCAGAGCCAGUGCUUCCAUCAAGCAUUGACACUCAAUGUAGCAUUGACUUAUUGUUUUUUUUUUCAACGUUUAUUGGUUCUGACAGCCAAAAUCCCUGGACGCGUGACAUGUACAUUCCAUAAACGCUGCUAGCUUGCAAUGCUUCGUUUGCAUUUCAAGCUGAGCUCGUAGCAGCCAUACAAGAUACAACUGAAAAUCCCUCCUGUAAACCGAAAUUCUCUUCAAUAAACAUGCGAAGUAUUCGCGUUUUCAUUGUGUCACACUUUAAGUGUCGUGGAAUAUUGUUGAAGAUAAGCCGGCAAAAUUUUCCGUGCGUUAAGUUGUGGCCGCUAGAGCGGCAGAUUGGGAAGAAUGUGAGCGAUGAAAUGGUUGUGGGCCAUGAGCACUUCAAGACUUCUGGGGAUGUUGCACCGCGUUGAGUGCUUCUACUUCUCUCUUUUUUAGGCUUAAUUGGGACAGUCUGUUCAUAAAGAGUCCAAAUAUUGCUUAAUUCGGCUAAAGAGCAAUGCUAUUUCGACAUAGUUAUGCAAUUCAGCCCGAAAAAUGUCAAAAACUAGUGACACUUUGGUGUUACCCAUUCGCAAGGUCGCCGUAUCACACGCGAAAGCACUAUCGCACACAUUGACGAUCGAGACAGCACGCACAGCCGAUCAUAUCGCGCGUAUCUUCUUAGCACCACUAAACUGACUAGAGUUAACUUGACUGGCGUUAAACGCAGCCCCACGUUCGAAGAAAACAAAUUUGCGUGUCUUUGGAAAGGCCAAUGAAUUUGCUGUGCUUCAAUAAAAACUCGUAAGCCGGCGGCUUCUCGCGACGCGCGUGCUUCCUAGACCCCUCCAUCACCUCUAUACCCGCCACCUCUAUACCGCCGCGCCCUCUAUAGGUGCUGGAAAGUGCAAAUUGGUUAUCUCUAUCGGCUAAUGCUAUGAGGCAACUGGGCUGCUGAGAGGUUUCGCUGCCCCCAUGAUUUGUCCGCGUUACAAACCACAUUAAAACUGUCUGUGACCCUUAUCGUGCACCGUUAUCGGGUUUGGCCCACCAAGUCACCAACUUUAAUUACACUUUCUCCAGAAUCAGCCAACUUUACUCAGCGUGAUAGCUGUUCGCAUCAAUUAGAGAGAAGAGCCAAGGACCAGCUCCGAGUUAAAUGUCCCCUAACCCGUACAAGCUAGCAUUAUCGUUUACCUGCUCGAAAUAUCAUUCCAUGGGCACGAAAACACACGUUUUACAAGCGAGUGCCGAUGCGGCGGUGCUACGGUUAUUACGCAUACAGUGGCUCUAAGACCCUUAGCUGCGGUGCACACAAGCUAUGAACUUAGAUUCAGAGCAAAAGUCUGAGAAAUGCCAAACCGUGGCUCUCGCGAUGCCUCGUGGAAAGAAAUAUGGGUAUUUUGACGCCGUCCAAUUCAUUAGGACGAUCUCUUGAACGGACUUCUCGACCUGGUAUCACUAUUAGACUUCCGAGUUACCCGUAUACAUAUCACAAGCAAACCUGUACAUAAGAACUGCACCGUCGCAGUGACAUUUCACACUGCGCAGUUGUUUAGAUCGCAUCAAGCAAGCCGACUGUGUCCUAUGUAAGGUCACUGUAGAUGCCAAAAGAAUGAAAGUUUAAAUUGCCUAGACACUGUUGCAACUCGGUCAGUUUUACGCACGCUCUUUAUAGCAGCGUCAUUCUCAUAACGUCUUUCGGGAAACGGGGCUUUAUUGAAUCUUACGUUCACACGAGAAACCAAGAUCUGCAAUCAGUUUAACGAUUUUGCGACCCGUUCGAGCCUUCGAUGUAUUUGAGUGCAUUAGGAGCCUGGUUGUCCAAUUCUGCUGACGUAGGCUUGGACACAACCAGGUCAGAAAGUGGCCAGAAAGCGGCCAGAAGUGGAACGAGAUCAAAGUUGCAGGCCGACAAUUCAGAUAGCCUACGUGGUUUCUACAUGGUUUAUUGAAUUAGAGAAGGACGUUGUUCAGUGAGCGGUAGAAACUGCUAUCUAUAGCCAGAUAAUGCGACUCAACUAUUAACACCAUACCGUUAUAUCGUACGGUCGUGCAAGGACACGUAUGCUGUGUACUGCAGCCGGGAGCAGUAAUUCUGUUUCUUUUCAGACCAGCCUCUGUUCGAAAUUCAUGAGCGUAAUUGCACCUGUUGUCACGCAAACAUCUUUCACAAGGUGGUUAAUGUUAUGGGUGACGAGGCGAGUGCUCAUAUACUGUCACCGAAAUAUAUCUCUGGUGUGUAACGAAAUAAUUAGGAAUGCACUACUAACGCCUACGUGAAGUGCUGAGAGUUAUAGAUACAGUGUACCCUGUUGUUGUUUUUAUGGACAACUUCGCUUAAAACAUGGAGCUAGAAAGGAACACAAUUACUGUGCACGUUUUUUUUUUUUUUUUUUUUUUUUUGCUUCUUUCAGGCUGUUGAAAUACAUUACUGUGCCGUGUGGUUGUGUGUACAGUCGUUUUUGCCAUUGUUGUCGUUGAUUGCCAAGCGUGAUAAAUAUUUAAAUGGCCGUAUGAAUGCGUUGUUUCUUGUUGUAAUAAAUGUUUCACAAAUCACA